CUUUGCCCAAACAAAAACAACGGACGUUGCUCACCUCUCACCUUGCUCUGCUCCCUCUGCUCUCUUCUCCGCUCCCACCCUCCGCUCGCCCACCCUCGUCUCGUGGUUGUUGCACGCCGUGUCCCUCAGCGACAGCUGCUUGAUGGCUGUACGGCCACGCCGAGCGUGCCUAGCACCAGAGCUGCACGCGUCAAACCCAUUUGCCAGUGCCAAUCACGAAGCAGAGAGCGGGUCGCACAACAGUCAUGCGACGGAUGGGCUUGCCAGCACGAAGACCGGCUUUAAGGUGCCGCGUGGAAAGCUGGUGCAGGUUGACGUGUGCCUGCCUGUGCCACACCCAGUUCGACUGCUGGAGCACCCAAAGCAGUGCAUUCGUGACCUGAAGCAGCACGCCUGGUCCGAGUUCUUCCGCAAGGUUCUACUUGCCCCCGAUCAACAACGCCCAGCAACCUGGUGGCACAACCGCCUCUCCAACGAGGAUGCCCACGAGCUGUACACGAAUGGCAUGAGGAUCGCACCUUUCUUGUUCGCCAGUCGGACCAGUGCUGUGCAGAUGUGCUGAUCUCUGUAUGGUCCCGUGGAACAUCGCAUCACGUCGCAUUUACCUGGACGCACUCACACAACAGCGGUGAUGCGGGUGAACAAACGCCGCGUCUCGCACUUCUUCCCACACCAGCAACAGACGGCAAGGAUGCACCUGAUCGCAUGUUCUCAUCCAUAUCUGAUUUGGUGGAGCAUUUCCAACACACCCCGCUCACACUCCCAAGCGGUCAAGGACAACAGCUGCUGGUGCGGCCCGUCGCAUAUGCAGCCGUGGACGCGCAACCGCCGGCGCCUUCCGGCAUCUUUGGCGAUGCGCAGGGGCAGCGGUA